CUCUUUUCUCAAAUGUAUUAAGCUUCACAGUAAUGAAUCAUUAAUUUUCCAAAAGUCCAAACAGGCCCUACACUUCUCCUUCUCCAUUCUUCUCCGUGUGCAGGGAUUCUCGUUUUCAUUGAAGUCGUUCUCGCGGUUCGCCGUCAGCUAAUAACCUCGACGACGAAGAAUCAUGGCUGGUAAUGCUGAAGUUGAAGGUAAGGAACCAAUUAAUGAGCAAGCAGUUGCCAACAUAUAUGGUGCAAUGAGGACUGAACUCAACCAAAUAUACUCCAAGAUCACUGAACUAGAGAUGGAAGUAAGUGAGCACACAUUGGUAAUCAAUGCCAUCAAACCACUCGAUCCAUCACGGCGGUGCUACAGGAUGAUUGGAGGUGUCUUGGUGGAGAGGACAAUCAGAGAGGUCUUGCCAGCUGUUCAGCGCAACAAGGAAGGUCUCGACGAGGUAAUUACUCGGCUUAAUGAGGCCUUGGAAAAGAAGAAGAAGGAAAUUGCCGAGUUUGAAGCUAAAUACAAAAUUAGGAUUAGAAAAUCUGAUGGUGAAGUGAAGGAUGACGGUGGCAAAAAGGAAGGUUCUGCACAGGGAGUUCUUGUUGGCCCUGCAGGCUCUGACAAAUGAAUUACUUUCAAACAAAACAAUUUCCUUUUCUCCCCCUUGUUGCUGGUAACUUGUGCCAUUUUGUUACUUGAUUAUGAUUUUCAGACUUGUUUUCUUGAUCCUUUCCUUUGGUAGCUGAUAUGUGCUAUUAAGAAGCAGUUGUAUCAUUAAUAUUUCUAGGUUUUUCUUUCCCUGUAUGGAAGCAGUUGUACUCU